UUCCUGAUUCCAAAAUGGCCGACGAUGAUUUGGUUGCUACUGUACACAACUCUCAAAAACUCGGCUGAAUUUCGGUGAAUGUUUCCUUAUAUACGGAGAUGGGCGAUAUCGACUGUUGAUGACUAUAGACUUGGCUCCAUCAUUUGAAUAAAUGGCUGUGGUACAGGAAUCCUCAGUCCCGGCUAUUCAACAAUUCAACCUACCAAUGAUGGAUCCCUCUGUGAGGCCAAAGAGUGCCCUUGCCCGGGGAGUCCAGAUCCGGAGCUACAAGGAGAGUUGUAUCAACCCGGAGCCUAUUAUGAUUGAAGAGACAGAUGUCCUUCUCGAGGAAUAUUUAUCACCAAGACGAUUGCGUGCGCUAACAGGAGUGGAUGACCUUGAACAAGUCACCAGUCUAGAAAUGAAGGUCGACACAAGUGAAACUAGCCUGGGAAAUUUCGGCUCAAUGCUCCCAAGUCUCUCCCAGUUAAAACUCUCCAACAGCAUAAUCGCUAGUAUACGAGACCUUGGUUCUAGUUUAGACAGUUUACGUGUGCUGUGGAUGGGUCGAUGUGGACUACAAGAACUCGACGGAGUAUCGUCGAUGGCGAAUCUACGAGAAUUGUACCUAUCUUACAACGAGAUAUCAGAGUUAGGACCAUGCAGCAUGUUAGAAAAUAUCCAGAUAUUAGAUCUAGAAGGAAAUAACAUCGAAGAAAUCUCUCAAGUUGAAUUCUUGGCAUUAUGCUCAAAUCUGAGCAAUCUGACCUUGGAUGGGAACCCUAUAUGUGUCACACCGUCACCAGAUAAAGCAGAGCCAAGUUACGACUAUCGAGAAGCUGUGAUAAAAGCACUACCCCAGUUAAAAAUAUUAGACGAUGAGCCGAUAUUUAAGAAUACGAAUAAGUCAAAAAUGUCUAGUUUACGGCCGCCCAAGAAAAAGAAACAGCAAGUCAGUGUGUUUGAGGACGAUUGGGCUUUAAUCAAUGAACUUAUGGCUGAGGGUGAUUUAUUGAAUAACGAGGAGACGGAUAGUCCUGUUCCUUUAGCCAGGCCUGGAACGGCUUUUAGACCGACGACAGGGUAUACUCCAGGAUCAGUUCUUCGACCAACUACCGCGAAACGGCCCAUGACUAUGGCACGUCCGACAACGAGCAGACCCAUGACGUCAAGGCCGACUACAGCUAGACCUAUGACUGCAAGGCCUGGGACUGCUAGGCCUGGAUCGAGUGAUAACACCGAUUUGUCCACUGAUGAUGCCAGCCAGUUGACAUUGGGCACCGUAGUUUGUGGCAAUCCAUCAAAAGCUCUGAGGGCGCGAAGAAAGCAGACGAUACAGCAACCAGUUGUGCAGACGCCACCAAAAUUAUUCUCUGAAUAUCGGUCAGAGCCAGAGAAACCCUACGAUCAGGCAGCGGCCGUUCGAGAUGAUAAGAAUCUUGAGGGAAUAUUUGAGGAGCUGAGUGAAUGGAGGUUACACAAUUCAGAAGUACAAGCUGAACGGGAGAAGGAAAAUGUACCACAGGUUCUGCGAAUAGAUGAAGAAAUCGUUGUGUCAUCUGACGGGGAGGAAAGCGACACAGAGAUCUUAUACAGUGCUCUUGGCCCGGAGCCGCAAGACAAUUUAGAUAGCAUUGACCUAGAUAGUGCGGGGCAUUCUGAUAGGAGUUCUCUAGGCGUGUCGACCGAUAGGAGUUCCGAUUUUGACACGUCGAAAUUAGAACAAGACUUUAUGGCGGAGAUGGAAAGAUGUAGUCGUUUAAUGUAUACUGAGGAGCUGGAUCGUGAGAACAGUGCUAUUAAUAGACAUUCGCAACGGGUUACUGGUCACGGGAGCGCACGUGUUGCUGGCUCCGGUUCCGGUUCUGGUAGUGCCGAGGUGAAGAGCGCUGCGAGAGGGACGGAGAGGCAGAGAGGAGCGGAAAGUCACAACGGUGCUAAUAGGCUUUCGGCAAGCGGGGCUGUACGAGCCAGGAAAUACCAACCAGCUACUAAGUCAGAAAGUCAUCUAAAUGGGAAUCCCCGGAAACGCUCCCCUCGCCAUGAUGAAUCGUUUGAAGCUGCGUCCGAUAGUGAGGAAUCCAGGACCGGCACAUCGUCGAGUCAAUGGUCAAGUGCCAAAGGUCAUGGGUCAGACGGCUUUAGAGUCUUGCCAGGAGUCCAGAGACGAUCGUCUGCCGGUCGGGACGAAAGACAACGCGAGUCGUCUGGUGUUGUUAAGGACUCGAGAAGUAUGAGAAUGCCGGCAGAACGUCGACAUGAACCAAUGGCGAACGACAAAGCCAAGCCUGUGAUACGAUCACCCACAUCGCCCGCAGAGAGGUCGCCACAGUCUUCGUCUGUACGGAGUCGAGGUCCACGCGUUGCCAUGGCGUUACCAUCACAACCAAGGAUAGCACGUCAAGCGGACAAAGCGCAAUCUAACAGCAGGCACUGAUUCGAUUUAAGUUGUUUGUGGUCAUUGUCGAAAGCUGUACAUUUUAGGAGGGAAUAACGUGCUUUGUACGUCACCAGCGUGACAUGGGGCCAUGCACAGGGUUUCCGCCAGAGGGGGGAUGGGGGGAUUCAUCCCCCCUAAAAUAUUUCAAGGGGGGAUAUCCCCCCCUUAAUUUUGAGCACUAAAGUUUGUUUUACUGUCGAAUGAGUAAUUUUGAUGAUUUGAUAUGUAAAAUAAGAGCAUUUGGGAGCCAAUUGUAGCGGUUUUAGGGCCAAAAAACGUCUCAGGUGGGGUCAUAUACCCUUUUUAAGAAAAAAGAAAUUUUAGAAAAAAAUAUUUUUUGGGAAAAAAAAAAAUUUGUUGCUCCCCUCAAAUUUAAUCGCGGUGGAAACCCUGCAUGCACAUGACGUGCUAUGCACGUCAUUUGCAACGAAAUGGUUUAUAUUUAUACAAAAGCAUUUUACACCAUCUGUAUAAAUAUAUAGAUGUUUUGGCAUCGGUGGGAUCUUUUGAAGGACAUAUUGGGAGAACCAUCAAAACCGACAAAAACCAAGAAUUGUACAUAUCUGAAGAGAAAUUCUUGAACAGACAAGAAUUUGAAGCCUUUUCUGAUGAGGGGGCACUACGAACCAAGCAGUCUUUUUCUCCAAUAUUCACUAGAGUUUAAAGCAAGAUACACCUGACAGUUUAGAUUAAAUGGGCUUUAAUGAUCAAUACUAGUCAAAUGCAUCAUCAUCAGCACUUAUCGUUGUACACCAUUUGAUAUAUAUAUAUAUAUAUAUCGUAAUGUACAUGUAUAUCGUAAACACUUUGUAAAUCAUAUUUGAUACAGUAAAAUGGGUAAUCUUUCUAGGUCCAGGUUUUCUUAACAAUCAAAUCAUUACUGAGACCGAUGAGGUAACAUGUUGAUAGAUAUUAGUUGGGGCAGAUUGCUUAGUUUGUCAAGAGGUAAUUUUGAAAUGAUCCACAGAUAUCUAUUUCGUUUCUCGUCUUGUGUUGUCAUACUGAUUUGAAUGCAGUAUUUAAUUCAGGAGCGUGCCCAAAAAUAUUUCUCAAUCAAUCAAUCAAUCAUAUAUCUGACAACAACUGAAAAUAUUUCUGACAACAACUAAAAUUUCCUUUUCCGAAAAUUCAGAUACAUUGAAAAUGUCAGAUUUUCAGAGAAUUGGGAAUGGUCAAUGUAAAAAGGUCAUUUGACCACAAUGAGGGAGUUAGAUUGAUGUCUGUUAAUGAGCACAAAUUAAUCUGAACUUCCCUAGGUAUUUUCCUCAACUUACUCCCCAUAAUCUUACAAUGAAGUCCAAGAUUGUAAAGUGGCAUCCAAAACUUUAGGGUCAAAGUGACUUAAAGGAAACCUAUAGCGAAAUGCUUAUAUAAAUGGGAAGUUUUGAACGGCCCGGUUUAAACCUUAGGGGGAAUAAGCUUCAGUUGAUAAAUGUAAGCAGUUUCGAGUUCCCCACAGGUAGUUGAUUAUGUAGCCAAUGAGCUGCAUAAGAAGUACCGUAAUCAUCAAUUUGGUUUUUUUACCACGUUCAGCUAGUCUAAAUAAAGACUUGUGCCGCAACUGGAUCUCUUUAAACAUUGCUGAGAGUGAUACUUUGUUGAUGAUAUUGGAGAAGUUUGCCAUUUGAACGUUUGUUUUGUACAUGAUCCCUAAGCUUAAUUUUUCGACAUUUUUUCAUGGUCAUUGAGACCUUUGCAGACAAUUAACGCAAAGGGACUUUGAUUGUGUGCUUUCAUAACUUUGGCCUGGUAUCUUAGGGCCCAUGUGUUAGUUUUAUGAAUUGACGCUUUAUAUUGUGCUGCUUCCACUAUUGAAUUCUUCCUCGAAUUAUAGACACGUAUGCAAAUUACAAAUAUGUUUCAACUUGGCGUUUAUGUGCAUCCAGAUAUCUUGUAUUUUGGGUGAAUUUGGUUUCUUGAGAUUCUUUUUGAAAAUUGUAUCUGGCUAGCCUCAACGAAUGUUCAUGAUGAACCUCAUUGUUGCCAAUUUGUAGUCCGUCCAUGACUUUUGAGUGAAAUUUACACUUUGAAUGCAUCGCUUCUGCUAGCUAGCACAUGACAUUUUCGGCCCAGUCCGUCCAGGUUUUUAGUGCCACUUAUAGCUUCGUUUGAUAUAUGUUUGGGAAGAAGUGUUUCAAAUGCACAUAGAACCACAUGGUGGUAAAAAUUCCGCAUGAAAUGAAUUAUAGACAUUUUGAUAGUUCCAAAUGACUUCUAUAACUAGUUUAUUUUUUGAUAGAAUUUGUAAGAUAACAGAAUAUUCAAUCUUGUUAGAUGUUAAACUCCCUGUUAGGCUCAAAGCCAUCAAUGAACUCAGUAAGAUGCAUAAUGGUGAUUUGACUCGUAGUUAUAGUUGCACACUCUGUGUUCUUAAUUGUCCACUAUAAUUUAACCGUCAAAAGGUUAAUAGCAAAUGUAUAAAGCAAACUAAGUGUGUUGGUUAAUUUUCUCAGAAAUAAUUACGACAGUGAUAUAGGGAAUGUGCCCGUCAUGCAGUUACAUCAAGAGUGAUAUGACUAAAUAUUUAUUGUUCGAUAAAUUGCCAAAUUUUGCGGAAAUUUCUUGUGAGUUUUGCAAAUAACCUUGAAAGAACCUACGAUUCACAAAAAUUAAAAUUGGAAGAAUCAAAAAACCUUUUGACUGAAAAUACAUGAACUGAAAGAAAUUUCAUAAUCCGCCAGAAUGAAAUUGACUUUCAGAAAUUUUUGCAAAUCACACAAAUGGAGAGGCACAGAAAUUUGACAGUUGACAGUACUACUCUUGGUUACAUGCACUCCUGGAAUACACCAAGGAAUUUGAAAUGUUUCAGAAUGAUCAUUUCUUAACCAACAUUUGUACAUUUACCUUUGUGUAUGAAUAUAUUUGAAUAAA